UGUACAAAUAUAGGCCUACCCACUUUCUAACGAUUUCUACCCAAACAAUCACACGCGCAGAGAGAGAGAGAGAGAGAGAGGGAUAGCCAUGGCGGAGAUGAAGAGGUACGUGCUGAGGCUGUUCAUAUCGCUGAAGCACAUAACGGCGAACGUGGUGGACAGGAACAACGGCAGGAUAGUGGCGACGGCGUCGACGGUGGAGCACGCGCUCAAGGACGCGUUCCAGUGCGGGAGGACUUGUAACUCCAAGGCGGCCGCCGCCGUCGGCGAGGUCCUCGCUAUGCGCCUCAAGACCGAAGGCCUCCACCAGGAGGACGGCCGUGGCGUCCACGUCGAUGUUCACAAGGAGAUCCAGAGGCGAGGCUUCCAGAGCACUGCUAAGGUGUGGGCCAUAGUUAAUGCCAUCAAGACCAGUGGGGUCAAACUUGUUCUUGAUCAUCACGACCAUCACAAUUCUCCAUGAUCAACAUUUUUUUUUUUAAUCCUAAUUUAUUAAAAAUACAAUAUGUCAUUUUCCUUUUAAUAGUACAACUGAUGGGCCUGGACCUGGGCCAGCCCACACCCGAAAUUGGACCAUGUGAAAUUUCAAUCGGUGAAUUCAGCUCAAGGGC